AUGACUUGCAAUAUUAGAAACCGCCCCGGACGCCGAGGAAUCGAUCCCCGAGGUGCGCACUCCAACCAGCACCGACAGUCCACUUCCGCGUCUGCAGCAUCUCGAGAUGGCAGCUCCAAUACGCAUCAAAACAGAAGAGGUGGAAGGGGAGGCUCAAACCUGAGCAGGUCCUCCGACAACCUCCAGAAUGGACCUUUGACAACCCCAAAUACUGUCUCGCCACAAGAUGACCAUGUCCCCAUCGCAGGGUUCAACUCAGACGUGGUCGAGGCGAUGUUGAAGCAAGGCUACGAGGCCAAAGCACCUCUCUACAAGUCGGACAUCAAAUCACAAACAACAACUCCCCAGAGCCCGUGGGGUGUGAAGCGUGAGUAG